CAUACGUACAGUAAACCCACGUAAACAUCGUCAAAUAUUGAACAUCAAAUUUCCAACAAAAAUUUAAGUCAUGACUGAUAUUCUUGGUUUUGGAUAUGCGGCUCUCAUCGCCAUCGGUGGAGCAAUGGGAUACCUAAAAGCAGGUAGCACCAUGUCCCUAGCGUCUGGCCUUCUGUUUGGCGCUAUGGCAGGCUACGGUGCAUCCCUCACAUCUAAAAAUCCUAACGACUUCUUUGUCAUCUUUGGAACAUCUGUGGUGUUAACAGGUGUCAUGGGUUACAGAUUUUCUAACAGUGGCAAAUUCAUGCCUGCUGGACUAGUGGCAGCAUUGAGUCUGUUGAUGAUGCUCCGCUACGGUCUAAGAAUGAUCAAGUAAGAGAGACAUCAGGUUCUAAAAAGCAAUACUUUGAGAAAUGGAGGAUAUUUUUUCACUUGCUGUUUUUUUUGCUACUGGAAUAUGAUAGUGUGUACUAUGUAGUAACAAUGACCUGAUGAUAUAUUGUAGGUCAUUGAUGGGUUUAUGUAGUUUAUAUCUUGAAUGUGGUAAGUAUAAAGGCUGGGAACAGUUUAACAAUCAAUGUUAUACAUGUACAUGUAAGCAAAAUUCCCUUCCUAUAUUUUGAGACAUUUCUUUAUUCAAACUUUUUUUUAAUAUACAGUAUAAUAUUAAAAAAUCUUUUUGUCGCAAUGAUCACAUGCAUUGAUUAAUUAAUGCUUUAAUUGAGGAAAAAGAAAUACUCUAUGAAGUUGUCUAAAGCAAGGUUACUUGAUCAGUCUUGUUAGAAAUUAUAGACAUGUAUUUGUCUUUGCUUUGUUUUAAUAACAUAUUUCAUGAAUCUGUAGGUAAACUGUUUCCCAUAUUUGUAAAUGUUCAAUUAAAAAAAAAAAAAAAAUCAUCGGUUGGUAGUAUAUUACCUAGAUUACAUUAGAUGUUAUAAUGUGAUACAUAUUUACAUGUAAAAUCUACUAAUUGUCGUUUUUUAUACAGCUCAUUUGUAUCAUGUUUCAUGAAAAAAUGUCAGUAGGUCCUACUGAAAUUCCAUUUUCCUUUCAUGCUAAAUGUUAUUUUUCAACUUUUUGUGAAACAAUAAAGAAAAGUAACAUUUUCCUACUUGCCAUGUAAAAACAUUGGAAUAAGUGCUCUUCCAAUAGAGCAAGUUUUUCAUUUCAUUAUGAUACAGUGUAUGUAAGAAAUAUCAGGUUUGGGUUUUUUUUUGUUGGAAACUUGAAGAAAAACAACAAUUAUUUUAGGAGAAAUAUGAAAUGACAAAGAAUUUUGAAAAUGGUAAAAUCUUUGUUGGUUUUGAAAGUUACCUGCUUUCAUGAUUAGGAGUUUGCAUAUAUAUAUAUAUAGAAUCUGAUUCUACAUUAUCUAAUUCCUGUGGACAGAAAAUUAUUUAGAUUAUGUAAUUUGCAAACUUUGCUAUGAAUUGCUGUAAUUGUGAUAUUAAAAGUUAUGUGUAAAACGUAAAGUGACUUCAGUCAAAACAAAAUCUACUCCAUAAUUUUAACGGGCAACAAUAUUGUUUGAGUAAAGCCCAGAUCAUUCCCUGAAAAAUAUGACGAAGAACUUAUUUUUGUAAAAUGUGUUCAACUUUUAUAAACUUGUCAUCAAUUAAAUACAUGUAUCAUCAAACAAAGCAGUUAUUAUUCAAUUA